AUGGACCUAGACCCCAAGACCCCACCCAAAGACACCCUCGGGGACGCGCUCUUUGACGAGAACCCGUGGUACGCCGACUACCUCGACUGCCGCAAGCUGAAGCCGGAGGAGCUGCCGCCAGGCGUGGCCUACGCGCACGAGUUCACCUCCGUCUGCAUCAACACGGCCGUCUACCUGCCCUGGCUGGUCGGCCAGUGCCGCCGGCUCGGCGUGGUGUUCAAGCGUGCGUCCCUGGCGCACAUCUCGGAGGCGGCGUCCCUGGCUGGCGCCUCCUCCGGGGGCAGCAAGGCGGACAUCAUCGUCAACUGCACGGGCCUGAUGGCGAGCAAGCUCGGCGGCGUCAUGGACGCCAAGGUGUCGCCCGCGCGGGGCCAGAUCGUGGUGGUGCGCAACGUGAGCCCGUUCAUGGUCGCCACGUCCAGCACCGAGGACGCGCCGGACGAGCUCGUCUACGUCAUGACGCGGGCUGCCGGCGGCGGCACGAUACUGGGCGGGACGUACCAGAAGGGGAACUGGGACCCGAACCCGGACCCGAAUGUCGCCGCGAGGAUCAUGCAGCGGGUGGUGGACCUGUUCCCGGACAUUGCUGGCGGGAAGGGGGUCAAGGGGCUGGACAUCAUCCGGCACGGGGUCGGGCUGAGGCCGUAUCGGGAAGGGGGAGUGAGGCUUGAGAAGGAGAAGAUUGACGGGACGUGGGUUGUGCAUAACUACGGCCACGCAGGUUGGGGCUACCAGGGGUCUUACGGGACUGCCGAGCGGGUGGUCGAGCUGGUUGGCGAGAUCCAGGGGAGGAGCAAGCUGUAA